UUUAUCUCCCUUGGUGGAGGUUAAAUUCAACUAUGUUUGUAACUGAGUUCGAACAAACAAAGUGUGCAAUAUGCACAAAACAGUAAGAAAUGAAAUCGGAAAUGAUAAUCAUAAGAAGAAGAAGAAGCAAAAGAAUAAUUAUAACUAUUAUAACUCAAAAUAUUAGAAUCGACAGUAACGAAAUACCCCAAAAGUAAUAGGUACGAAAUAGCUAUGGUAGGAAAUAUUGAUUAAGAAGAACAACAACAACAAGGCCAAAAUGGUUGCCUUUGGAAAAAUUAUUGUUUAAUGUCUAUGAUUUCAAAUGAAAUAAAGGAUGUUCAGCAGUGUGACAACCUGGAGCAGCUGGAAGAACAGAACCGGCAAGCCAAGGUGGCCCUUGCUCAGCUCAAAGACAAAAUAAAUACCUUAGAGCGGCUUGGCAAGGAGCAGGAUCGUGAGGAGGACCGGGUGGUUGUGCUGAAGAAUGUCGAGAACCAUCAGCAACGCAUGACCAGUAACAUUGCUACACUAAGGAAGACAAACCUCUCGGUGAAGAUGGCAAUUGAUACACAGGAGAGAGAUGCCCUCAUGCUAGGAUCGGAGACCAGAAAAAGAAAUAUCAACAGCAAGGAAACUCUAGCAAAAGCUGCCUCCAAAGUCACAGAAAGCUUGCUGGAACUAAACCAGACCAUGGAUGCACAAGUUAGGAAGGGAAAUCUAACAUUAACUACCCUAGAAUCCUCAUCUAAAAACAUCACAGACACCCAUGAGGAGUUUAAAUCCAUGGGCAGCCAUAUACAGAAUGCACGACGCCUGCUAACGAAAUACAGUCAGAGGGAGCUCACUGACAAAGUCCUCAUAUUCCUGGCAUUGGUGUUCUUCUUUGCCACUGUGUUGUAUAUUCUUCAGAGAAGGAUAUGGAGUACGCGUUCAAGCAACUCCUGAGAUACCUGUGAUAAUAUAGUAUGAACAAUAUGUGUGGUAAUAGUGGCUUUUAAAGUGAUAUUAUGGGCAUCUAAAAGUUUAUAGGUGUCUAUCGCAACCGUUGUUUAUUUUUGGUGUUUUCACUUUAUAUACACUUAUAUUUGUUAAUGCAGCAUCAACAUACUAAAACAAUAUACCAGAAAGAGAAAAAUAAUGCAUUUUAAUAUCAACCGUACUUUCGUUUGACAACUGAUCAUGCAUGUACGAUUUGAACCUAAAUUUAGUUUUAGUGCAGAUUCUUUCAUACGACACAAAGACACAAUUUUGUUUUACGAAUCAUUUCAGCUUACAGGACUGGGUGGGUCACUUAAGAAUAUCGAAUAUAAAAUAUACUUUUAUAAACAACUGGUAGCAAGAUUAGUAGCAGAUAAUUGAUCAGUAACCACAUUUUACUAACUCUUUUGACCUGUUAAUUCUUUUCAGCUCAAUUCAACAGUGCAACAUGCCCAUAAUAUCACUUUAAAAAUUAUUUUGGAGAGACUGUAAUAAGAUGUCUUUCCUGUUAAAACUGUUUUUCAAAAUCUUAAGUUUUUAUACCCCCACAAACGAAGUUUUGGGGGGGUAUAUAGGAGUGAACUUGUCUGUCUGUCUGUCAGUCGGUCCGUGUCCGCUCUCUAAGUCAAGUAGUUUACAUCCAAUCUUCACCAAACUUGGUCAGAAGUUUUAUCCAGAUGAUCUCUAGGCCAUGUUUGAACAUGGGCCAUGCCGGGCCAAAAACUAGGUCACGGGGUCACUUAGUGCGUUUUUUUAACAUUCAGCAUGGUGUCCGCUCUCUUAUUCAAGUUGUUUUUAUCUGAUCUUCACCAAAUUUGGUCAGAAGUUUUAUCUAGAUAAUCUUAAGGCCAAGUUCAAACAUAGGCAAUGCCGGGUUAAAAACUAGGUCACGCGGUCACUUAGUGCAUUUUAAACAUUGAGCAUGGUGUCCACUGUUUUUUGUGAAGACAACAUGCUAAAUAUUCUGUGUCAAUGCGGCAUGUGGGGGUAUUCGUCACGUCUGUGACAAAGCUUUAGUUCUGGUAAAAGUGACCUUUCUGUAGCUCUUAUAAUUUCCCCCUGGGAAGUGAUAGCUACCAAUGUUGUUUGCGAGGAAUGUGUGGUCAUCAAUGAGACAUAGCAAAACUGUGUUUUGAAUGCAAACCUCUACACAGGGACAGAAGUAUAACAUCCAGAAAAUUUACCAGAAAUUAUGAUGUGUGUAAAUCAUUAGACCAUAUCAUGUUAACAUGAUCAAGAAAAUUUGAAGUAAAAAUCUUAAACAAAUAGAUCGUUCAGUUUUUGUUAAUUUUUAUCAGAAUUCUUAUAUGUAAUAAAAUGCAGUUAUUUUACAUAAAUGUGUGUUUAGAGGCCACAAUAAAACGGAAAGAUUAUCAAUAUGUUUGUUGCUAACGUGUAUAUAUUUUGCAGAAUUAUGCAUGAAUAUAAUCAUAUAGUUCUGUUUAGUAAUAAUCAUGCCACUUCAGAUAUCUAUUGAUUCAAGUUUGUACUUACAAAUGCAUAUAAUUUAAAUAUGCCUAUUGUUUUCAUGCAAUUAUGUAGAUAUCUAUUCACACAAACUUAUGGUUACUCAUGCAUAUACAAAUAAAUACAUACAUGUAUUGUUUUCGAAAGAGAAACAUUGUAAAUAUUUAUUCCCAGACAUGUGACACAAGCUUCUUUCUUCAAAUACUGUGGAAAAUUGAAAUAAAUUGAAGCUUUUUAAUUUUUGUCCUUGAAUAGAUUAGCAUUCUCAAGCACUACCAGUACUGGUAUAUGCCCUAGCUUCUUACAGACGAUAAUGGCUCACACAAAGGUAUUAAUGGUAUAGAAUAUACUUUAGUUUAUUGGUACUUAGUUCAUUACAGAUAUUCUUCAUGAUUUGUAUUUAUUUAAUUAAAAUGUACUUAAACAUGAAUAUAUUGUUGGGAUUAAAUAAACAAGAAAUGCAUUGAAAAUAAAAAUGGUGUUGAAAUUAAAA